AUGGCAACAUUUGCAGGGACAACCCAGAAGUGUAAGGCAUGUGAGAAGACAGUAUACUUGGUGGAUCAGCUCACAGCUGAUAACAAGGUCUGCCACAAGGCUUGCUUUAGAUGCCACCAUUGCAAGGGCACCCUCAAGCUGAGUAACUAUUGCUCCUUUGAAGGUGUGUUAUAUUGUAAGCCUCACUUCAACCAACUGUUUAAGAUGACAAGCAUUUUGGACAAAAGUUUUGAAGGGGCUCCAAAAACUGUUAAAGUUGACAGAUCCGCAUAUCAGGGUCAUACCAACAACAAAGUUUCGAGCUUAUUUGCUGGAACUCAAGACAAAUGUGUUGCUUGCAAGAGAACAGUUUACCCAACGAGGUGGACGACGGACUGGAGCGGAUGGCGGUGUGGAUCAAUUUCGUUUCUCAGAUCUGAGAUCGCCUUCCGGCGCCAUUGA